UUGUCCAGUAUUAUCUUUGGGAGCACGCUACAACAUUAUGGGCCAUUUCGCUAAGCGAUUCCAAGUCCCCUACCGCAAGUGGAUGCCAAAGAUGCCGAUAUUUCAUUUGCUAUCCGACACAGGCGGCCUCCCACGCGCAGUGCAAUUUUUAUUGGAAGAGUUCUUCGGCCGUCAAUUGGAGAAAGCUAACACUUUUUUUGAUGACGUGGAGAAUAUCAACAAGAAUAUCGAUAGAAUCUUUACAGAGUAG